AUGUUUGGGCCCGCAGACUGGCGGACGUCGGUCAAUCGAGGGAGUGCAACGCCAGUUGCUGUUUGGGAUCUGGCCAUGUUGUUGGAGGAGAAGAAUGAGAAGGGGGCGGGAGGGAACCCGCAAUUACAGGGAUUCUUCUCCCGCCUGCACGCCCUUCAAGGCUUAAAAAACGAAGGAAAAUUUUCAAGCUCCAAUUUCCCUUGCAUCAUCCUCAGCAUUUCGAGCACACUUUUCGAAGUUAGUCUCACAGUCAUGACCCAAGUUCUUCUGGUGGAGGAUGUGUUUAGAGCAGACAUUCGCGGUGGUCCGCACCUAGAGAAGGACAUCCUCACCCUUGCCUGCGCCCUGACAAUCGUAGCCGAGGGUCUUCAAGACUUGCAGAUAUACUAUCACAUGAUUUUUACACAGGAUGACGACAAAUGA